AUGUCAUUAUGUUUGUUGCCCAGUACUUGGCUGCUUAAAAACUGAUGUCAUGUGACAGGCUUCGUUUGUAGUAGUCGCUGACAGAAGCGGUAAGAGAGAAAGUGGACCGGGACUGUUUCUCGUAUUAAAUAGUUUCCCGGGUGGAGUAGUUGGAAAUUGCGUUCGUGUACCUAGCAGACCGCCGAACGUCCAGCGGACGCCAUGGGUUGCUGUUAUAGCCGUGAAAACGAGAACACCGAGCAGGACCCUGACGUGUAUAAGCCGCUGAUCCCCCACCCGAACCCCGACAGCAAGCCCCUCAACAGUACAGAAUGGAGCUCCGCCAGUGUACCCUCAGCCCGCACAGACGAACAGGCCUUACUCACAUCCAUCCUUUUCAAGACAGCCCUGAACAUCAUUGAUGUCUCGGCUGCGGACUCUCAAGGCAUGGAGCAGCAUGAGUACAUGGACAAAGCUCGGCAAUACAGUACAAAACUGGCAUUGUUGAGUAACAGUCUGUCUCAGAAGAAGCCCCUCCCUCUUCCUUCCCUCACCAGCCAGCCGCACCAAGUGCUCGCUAGUGAUCUGGUGCCAUACUCUGAUGUACAACAGGUGAACGCACGCACACAUGCUCGCACACCAGGGGUGUAACGGUUCACCAAACCCACGUUUUGGUGUCCAAGAUAGCUGCCUAUGCUUACAGUGCAAUCUCUCAGAUCAAGGUGGAUGCUAAAGAAGAACUAGUGGUCCAAUUUGCCAUCCCCUGAUCUGCCCUCUACCCUCCAUAAUACCCCCCUGUUCUGUCUCCCAUGCCCGACCCUGCAUCCAAGUGUCCCAGUCCUUGUGCUACCCAGCUAUGUGACUAGCAACCUGCUGCUACAGCUGAGGAUUAUAAGCAGAUCUCCCCUGCUGAGAGGCUUGACCUACCUCCCCGCCUGACCUACCUCCCCGCCUGACCUACCUCCCCGCCUGACCUACCUCCCCGCCUGACCUACCUCCCCGCCAGACCUACCUCCCCGCCAGACCUACCUCCCCGCCAGACCUUUCAAAGCCAUCAUUCAUCCUUCCUUCACGAGGGGUGUCAAGGAAUUUUAACUCAUCGCAGUAUAACGAUAAUGGCUGUCUUUUUGUUUUUGUUAUUUUAAAGUUUCUUGUUUUGAAGAGUGACUGAGUCUAAUGACUAAACGGUUAGCUAGCUGCGUGGCAUGGCUAGACUGUUCUGGCUCUGCUAGCCUUGUCUGAUAUGCAGCUACGGUAAUGUACUAACUAACCACAGCUAGGACAAGAGGGUGAUGCUGCUGUUCUGACACUGUGAACCCGUCACCCAGAACACACAUCCACCCCUCAUGUCAUCAAUACAAAUAUCUAGAAAGAGCCAUCACUAUAGUUUUCCAUAUCUUUGUUGGAAUCCUUAGAUUGACCUAAUGAGGUAAGACAGAACUGGGUUGGGUAGGUUUAAAAACAACAGGGACUUAGAUUCUAUAGUUGAACGAAUGGUCAAAUCUGACAUGACCCGAAUGAGUCUUACUUUGAGAUCUGCUCAUGCUGGUAGAGUGCCGGGGCGAAUGGGAGGUGGGGGACAGGUGUGGGAAUCCACAUUGUUUUCUCUGCCUCUGAUUUCUAGCAGAAACAUGCUUCCUCCUAGCACUUCAAUCAUUUAACUGGCAGUCCUUGGAUUCAUAUCUUUUAGAUUUCACAGAAACAAUAGAUGGGGCAGGGCUUAGUGAGGGCGGGGUCUAGGUGGAUGGGUAGUGUUCAGGGGCUUGUAAUGUAAAUGAAUCAGUUAAGUGUUUAUGCCUUCUAUGUACAGAUUUGUGACUCUGUCAGAAGCAAGAAGUGGAUUCUAUGCACCUCUCCGUUGUAGAGCGUCUGUUGGUCAGGAUUGGUUAAAGCUCCAAUGGGUCGGUUUUAGGAGCCAAUCAAAACUAAGGAUACAGAAACCCCGUUUUUAUGACAAGAACCCCUAUUAACAUCCAAGUUUGUUUGAUUUUUAAACAAAACAGAUUGUAAUGAGCUACUUAAAUUAACCUAGAGAAGAACAUCUAUCAUGGCAGUUUGGGAUAAACAACCAUAACCUUGGUAUCCUCAAUUAAAACGAUCAGAGGUGUUAGUGAUUUGUUUAUGUGUUGGUGCUUCUGGGGUCAUUAAAGGGAUGAUCUGGAAGGCUGUGUCCUUUAAUUGAUUUGACUUAAUAAAGGGUUUACAUGUGUUCCAUAUAUAUACUGUAUGUUACAGAAGGUCAAGUUGGGAAAUGUACACAUUCCACGUAACAGGAAAGGAGCCAGCAUAUAUUACAAGACCUUUCAUUUGGGGUUUUUGCAGUGUGCUGAGAACGUUACGUUUGUUUUCGUUAUUUCAAUGUGUAAUAUUACUGGGAUUACAUUGUUAAUUUUUUAGGCUAGUACCAAGACGUUUAAGAUAUUCUGUUACAUUUCCCCCCCACCCCCAUUUAAUUAUGUAAUGCAUUAAAGAUGUUCAACAAUGA